AGAUGGGAGAAUGACCCCCGCUCGGCAGAUGGAAAGACUGGGGAAACCCUGAGGGGCACAUGCUUGUCUAGGGCCACGUGACCUAGGAGAAGGAGGAGCCUGGUCUGAAAGCAGCUGUGUCCUCAGAGCUCAGGCCCUGGCGGAACCCAGGCCUCCCCCAAGGCUGAGGGCUGGGCGGUGUGCGUGCCACUGUGCCCGCACGGGGCCUAAGGGUGUGGUUGCACACUCAGAAACACCCAGGUUCCCUUGGGGAGCUCUGUGGAAGGGACCUCAGCAACGAACCCAAGAAAUGAUGUCACUUCCUGGCAACAGAACUCAACAGAACCCAGAACCCAGGGACCCAGGCACCACUGCGAGAGGAGACCCCAGCCAGAUCACUUGCUGCCAAGAUGUUCUGCUGUUUGCCCCUGCCCAGAGGCCGGGGCCUCGGGAGGGCUCACAGGCAGAGUGUGUGGGAUCGCUGGCGACGCUGGCUCAGGGCCCCCCGAGGAGGCCUCUGGCCCUUUGCCCGAAGGAACAGGAAGAGCUUCCCACCGGAUGUGGCCGAUGAGGGGGACACGCCGUCCACCUCCUCGAGGGAGGGGUCGGAGCCCCAUCCCCCUGCCCGUGAGGCCCAGUGCAGGGUCCAGCCCCGAGCACCCCUCCCUCUGAGGCAGCACGAGGACCUGGAGCCCAGCGCCGCAGAGCACAGAGGACCCCCAGCCCCAGGCACCGAUGUCCCUUCCCCUCGGCCCAAACGUCCACCUCCACCUGCACCUGCACCCGCUCGGGCUUUGGCAGGAGAACCCGAGUCAGGGCAUGAGUUACCACCUCUGCAGGGACAGCCUGCCCUGGCUCCUGCUCAACACCCAGACGCCCACGAUGACUGA